AUGGACUCAGACACACUACGUCUUCAAUCUCUUGGAUACAAACAAGAACUGAGUCGAAAUUUCAAUCGCCUGACGAACUAUGGAGUAGCUCUUUCGGUCGUAAGUGUUUCAUCGGGUAUUUCGUCUUUAUUUGCGUAUGGAAUGGUAACCGGUGGUCCCGUUGUCAUGAUCUGGGGAUGGAUCUUUGUUGCCAUUCUUACUCUUUGCGUUACUCUGAGUAUGGCCGAAAUAUGUUCAUCCUAUCCGACAUCCGGCGGUCUUUAUUACUGGUCUGGUAUUCUAGUGCCAAAAGAGUACAAACCACUUGCUAGUUGGUUUACUGGGUGGUUUAAUCUAGUUGGACAAUUUGCAGUUACGGCUGCCAUCGAUUUUGGACUUGCAUUGCUUGUAGCAAGUGUUAUCUCUGUUGGUCUUAACUUGCAAUGGUCGCCUCGCCCAUUUCACAUAGUUCUCAUUAAUUUGGGUAUAGUAGUCACUCAUGGACUAUGCAAUACCAUGGGACCUCGUUUACUUUCAUGGCUGACGCACGUAUCAGUGUGGUGGCAGUUGUUUGCACCAAUUAUUGUCUCUCUUGCUCUACUCAUCGGCAUGAAACCCGGCCAUCAAACAGUUUCGUUUGUCUUCACUAAAUUCGAAAACUACACUAAUUGGUUAAGUACAGUAAGUUUAUCCGUUUAA